AAUUAGUUUUCAUCGGAUCUGCAGGACACGUUUUAAAAGUGUACAGCUGGAAUCAAUAUACAGAGAAGCGCAAUAAAACAUCGGAAUCAACUCCGUAUUUGAAACCAAUCAUGAAAUAAAUUGAAUCAAUAGGCAAGAAUAAAACAGGAACAUCUACGUGAAAAGAAUCAACGUGAAAAUCAUCAAAGCAAAAUAUCAUAUCGAAGAGACUUUGGAUUGUCUAACAUUUACUCCUGCGGAUUCACUCACUCAGCAACAGGAUGUCAGUGUCACGGAGGUGUCUGUGUUGUGUGAAGUACCUGAUGUUCAUUUUCAACCUAAUCUUCUGGCUAGGAGGAUGUGGCUUGUUUGGCGUGGGGGUGUGGCUUUCCUUUAACCAGACCGAAUUCUCGUCUCUUCCGCUGUCCUUCCCUUCUCUGUCUGCUGCCAACUUGCUGCUUGUUGCUGGGGGUGUCACUAUGGUGACUGGGUUCCUUGGUUGUCUAGGGGCUUUGAAGGAACAGCGGUGUCUACUGAUGACGUUUUUUGUCAUUCUCCUUCUCCUGGUUCUUACUGAGGCUGUUCUGAUUUUGAUCCUUACCAUUUACCAUGAAAAGCUGGACGAAAAAGCCAAGGCUGACCUGAAGGAAGGGAUGAAGAACUAUGAAAACAACAAGGGAUUAAGAGAUUCCUGGGACAACAUGCAGAAAAUUUUCAAGUGCUGUGGCAUCACCGAGAAAGGCGACUGGAAUCUCACAUUGUCACGUCUCCCCACUUCCUGCUGUCUGGGUGGUGUGGACCCAUGCCAGUUCGAUGAUGGAUGGGGGGAGCCAUGCUAUGAGAAAGCUAAAUUAUGGCUAUGGGACAACAUUAAGUCUGUGCUGGGCUUUGGAGUCUGCAUUGGAGUCAUACAGAUUCUGGCUCUGAUUUUCUCCAUGCUGAUGUACUGCCAAAUCCUGCGUGCUGAUAAAUACUUGGACUGACCUGCUUUGGCUUCAUCCUGACCCCUGGGGUCUGCCCAUAGAGUUCCAGUGUGGAGAGUGUUCAAUCCAACCAACAUUCCUUUGUAUGGGAUACAUGCUGGACCUAUUUAAUUCAUACACAUAAAUGUAAACAAUGCUGUGACACAGACUUUGUCCACUGCUCUGGAUAAGAUCACCAACAAUGCUCAAGUUCUCCCGGAACCUUAGGCUCAAACUGCAGUCGACUUAUUUACUACUAGUGUAAAAAAAAUGGCCUUUUUAGUAACUUGGAUCUACAACUUGACAAAAGUCAGUUUUAUCCAACUAGAAAAGCUGUAAUCUUUCCCCACUGGAUACCUUUGAGUUUGGACAUGUUUAUUUAAGUUAUCCAGCUAUUUGACAAAUUGUUCCCGUAGUGCGUGCAGGCUUUUACAUCAACCUGUCACACUCAUACACACACACAGCAAAUUCAGUAAAUCUGGCGAAAUCUUUUAAACAGUGUUAUAUUAUCACUGGAACAAAUCCCUGUUGGACUGCAGUUUUCUACUUGAAGGUCUGCAUAACGUAGAUUGACUCUAAUGGUUCUAAAGGUCCAGAGGGAAGAACUCCUUUUCAAAACCUACCUGUACAAUAUCACAUUAAACUAUCAAUUUAAACAAAAGCCACACUUUGUAGUUUCACCAUUAAGAGACAAUGAGAACACUGACAGAGUCUCCACAUUAAGGUAAGGGAGUAGAAAUAGUUGUAAUACUACACAAAAUGUAAAGAACAUUUAUAGGAACUAAUUAGAUGACCAUUAAGUGCUUGCUGUGUAGUCUUUUUUUUAUUAUUAUUGGAAUGAUCUGUUACCACACAGUGUGUUUUGUACUGACUGUUUUGUGUUAGCUGAAAAUUUUGAUGAAUGUAAACAAAGUAAACAGAAGGAUUUUAAUCAUUGCUUGCAUUUAAAGAAACAUUGUAAACACUCAAAAGAAGCCUUUUUUAUUUGUUUCUUCACACUGUUAGGUAUGUCCUGUGAUUACUUAGUGAAAAAAAAAAAACACUAUGUUUUUUUUUUCUACUGUUAUUACAUGUAUUAUGAACUGAAUCAUUCUAACAAAUAAA